GGUUAUCAGUGGGGGGUCGGAGGGGCAUUAGCAGUGCAAGCAAACAGCGCAAGCGAACAGCACAUUUGAACGUUAAUCCUCAGGGGCAUCAAAGGGGUCGCUCCAUCAUAAGAGGUAGUACCAGGCAGAUAGCCAGUGAUAGGGGUAGGGGGACACGCAGAGUUAACCCUUCCAGGGCAAUGAGGCCAUUACAGUUUUUACAAAUGGGAGAUAACGCAAAUGCUGUUCAGCAGGCCGCUCCCGAUAUUAUUAACCCACACAGGGCUGAUAGUGGUUUAGUACAAGCGGCCGCUCAGCCGCAUGAUAUUGUCAUUAAUACACAUAUGUCUGAUAAUAGUCUGCAUGUGAAUCAAGGCAAUGAUCGCAGUAUGCAUGUGAAUCAAAACAUUGAGCAUCAUUUACCGUCUCAUCAUUUACCACCCCCCAUUGGUGUGAAUGCGGUUUUGAAUGGUGUGAACGUACAAGCAGCAACUCAGGGAUAUAAUACACCCCUGGUUGGCAUACAUAAUGCAAAUGUGCAAUCUUUAGGCCAGCUACAACAUCCCAUUAUGUUAGGCAUACAAGGAGUACAACCCCUUGCUCAGGGUAUCCACUCCCCCAUUGCAGCCACGCAGGGCGCUCAUGCACACUCAUUAAACCAUGCACAAUCAAUAAGCCAGGCAAGCCAUAACCCUAUUGUAGACCAGCAGGGUGUGAAUGCUCAGACAUCUGCGAAUGGACAGUCAGCGAGUCAGGGGUUUCAUACACCGCUUCAUAUAGCUCAUCCACCCCUUGCUACUGAUAAUCCAGACACAUCCAUUGGGCAAAGUGCUCGCCAAAUUCUUUCUCUUUUGCAGGGGGCAAUUGGAUCACAAAGUGCAGAAAAAACACGGACCAACACUGCCACAGUCAUGAGUGGGGCGGAUGCAGGAGUAGCAGGCAGCAUUACAGCAGGAGCAGCAGCCACCACUUCCACUGCACAGCAAGGGUCUUCAGGACUCGCCCUCCAAAACCAGCAAGCAGGCCAGCCCGUUUCCAGCAUGGGUCAGGGACCUCCUGCCAUUAGUCACGCUCGUCCUUCCUGGAUAGCCUUACUGCCGUUGGUCCGCUCCUCCUUAGCACCAUCCACUUGGCACGCCUAUGCCCGCAUGUGGUCUGAAUGGGACAAUUUCUGUGCGUCCAGGGGAGCCGACGCUGCUCAGGGGUCUAGGGACAACUUACAUGAUUGGCUGGUGAGUUUGCAUGCCGCUGGGGCCCGUCAGGGGGCAAUACAAUCCAAAUUGGCCGCCCUCUCAUUUUUCUAUAGGGCAUUAGCCAUUCCUGACCCAACCAAUUCCUUUUUUAUUAGGCAGGUGAUCAAGGGUUGGGGCAGAUCGCAGCAGCGGAAAAUAGACACGCGCGAACCCAUCACCCGCGACCGCCUGGAGCGAUUGCUCUUGGCGCUCGACGUGGUCUGUAGAUCAGAUUUUGAAGCCCUACUCUUCAAAACUGCGUUUAAUCUGGCCUUUGCCGCCGCUCUUAGAGUUAGCGAGGUAGUAGCACCCUCCAAGCAGGCGUCAGGGGCAGGUAUACAACUGCAACAUGUUAGAGCUGCCCCUGAUUCCUUACUUCUUUUUCUGCCGCGAUCAAAGACAGAUCAGGAGGGUAAGGGAACCUGGAUCCCCGUUCACCCUCAGGUGAACAGCGCAUGCUGCCCGGUUAACUGCGUUAACCUUUACCUGGCUCAAAGGCCGCCUGGCCCGGGGCAAUUCCUGGUCCAUGCGGACGGCAGAUCCCUUUCCAAAUUUCAGUUCGGUAGGGUCCUAAAAUUGGCGGCAGUCCAGGCGGGGCUGGACGCUAGCAGACUCGCCCCGCACUCUUUUCGCAUAGGGGCCGCGACUAACGCUGCGCAAGCGGGCUCCUCGUGCGAGGACAUAAAACGUAUUGGGCGUUGGCGGUCCAAUUGUUUCAGAACCUAUGUCCGUCCAAUUGUUUAAUGUUUAGUUGUUAAUUCAGGAUACUAAACUGUUUGUCUCCACAGGCACUACCCCCGGGGUGAAGCGAAUCUGGAUUGUGGGCCACUCCUUUGUCCACUGGGCCUCCCUACGCUGUGCGUCCCUCCCAUUUGGCCAAUCCCUAGGUCUCCCUCCCAACAAGGCAUCCGUUAGGUGGUUGGGUGAUAGGGGGAUGUGCUGGCCCCAAUUAGCAGGAACCAUAUCUGAGGCCCUGGUACGCUGGGGGAAGCCUCACAUUAUUAUUCUUCACCUAGGGGGUAACGAUGUGGGGGCCAUACCAGUUUUACAGUUGAUUAAGGUUAUGCAGGCAGACAUUGGGUGGCUAAGAGUACGCAUCCCGGGGGUCAUGAUAGGGUGGUCCCAUAUAAUACCCCGUCUCCACUGGAGGCAUAUGUCGGCCCAUACGGCGGCAUACCGGGUUAGGAAGAAGAUCAAUGCGUCUGUAGCAAAAACCGUCACUGGGUCAGGUGGCUUCGUGGUACGGCACGAAGCCAUUUCGGCUGAUAGAACCGAGCUAUAUAGAAGGGAUAAAGUUCACCUUUCAGAUGUGGGGCUGGAUUUAUUCAUAGGGGACAUUCAGAGAGCUCUGUUACCCCUCCUGUAAAUCGGGUCGUGGGUUGGCGGCAAGGGUACCAUUAAAAUGCUUCCUUGUGGCGGGAGAUCCUCGGUCCGGUUGCGCAGGAGAAGGUCGCUAGGGGUGAGUGAUGGCCAGACUUCCGGGGAGGGGGGUAGGCCCUCACGUGCACGUGACGGUAACCCUCCUUCCUCCCUUUUUGAGGGAUGGUCACGUGAUCUCUGCAACCCCUCAGCGUCAUCUCCUUAGGGCAGAGACCCCUCUGCUGCUGUUCCCGUUGGGCCGGUGAUCUCCUGCUGUUCUGGGUAGCUGAUCUCUAUGCCGCCAUAUAUAUUUUCAGUUCUAUCAGUUCUAUCUAGUUUGUUAGGUUAAUAAAAUUUUAUGGCCUGUGACGGUCACAAAAUUUUCCCAUAAAAAGUUUGUCUGUGGUUAUUUCGCACUACAUUCUCAUGUACAUAGUUAUUUAAUUAAGUUAUGUUAAAUCCUCUCCUCUGUGAAGAAGGAUCCGGUAAGCAUUUAAUCCCUUAAUGCAGUGUAGGGCUUAGUAUAAGCCUGGAGCAGUCUAAGGGUUAAGGCUGUAGGAGAGUGGGUUAGAAGAGAGAGGGAAGGUGCUGGGUGCAACAUUGUUGCAAUUUAGGGUAGGCCCCUCCUUACCAGUAGAUAAGCCAAGUUCUCCCUUGCAACUUCCUCUUCUUCUCCGGAUCCUGGCUGAAGCAGUUUUUUCCCCUCCCUCCCUUCCCCUUUUGUAAUGUUUUAAUGAUGUUGUAUUUUCGACGGCACCUUAAUGGCAGGGCUAUGGCUACUCACCCUAGGCCCAAUAAGCCAUUACUGUAGGAUAUGGAUCUCCUCUCCCUGUUAUGCGGUUUACACGGCUUGGUAACAGGGAAUCCUUAUCUAGGUGGAAGAUCUUCUUUUCACCCUGGCGGCGGGAGAUCCUCGGUCCGGUUGCGCAGGAGAAGGUCGCUAGGGGUGAGUGAUGGCCAGACUUCCGGGGAGGGGGGUAGGCCCUCACGUGCACGUGACGGUAACCCUCCUUCCUCCCUUUUUGAGGGAUGGUCACAUGAUCUCUGCAACCCCUCAGCGUCAUCUCCUUAGGGCAGAGACCCCUCUGCUGCUGUUCCCGUUGGGCCGGUGAUCUCCUGCUGUUCUGGGUAGCUGAUCUCUAUGCCGCCAUAUAUAUUUUCAGUUCUAUCAGUUCUAUCUAGUUUGUUAGGUUAAUAAAAUUUUAUGGCCUGUGACGGUCACAAAAUUUUCCCAUAAAAA